AUGUUCUUCGACAACAUCGGUAUCGACUUGCACUUCGUAUACGAAGCAGAAGCCAACUCGGCUGACGCCGGUCCCACCUUCAGCGCCUACCACAACGCAGCUCAGUGCACCACCAAUGACGGUAAGACGUGGGUCGGUGCCUUCUUGCUCAACGAGCAAAGCCGCGUGCUCGACAAAUACAAAUGGCCUGGGGGCGUCCCUGCUGAAACGGUCAACACAGCUCAGACAGAGCAUAUUGUCCUCGAGAGUGUGCAUAACCACGAACAGACACGUUACUUGGCCCGCGUCUGGCGCUCACCGACCGUCUUGAAGAAUACCGGCGCCCGCGAAGAGGCCGAUGUUGUUGUAAUGAGGGUACUCGAAAGGUGCCUCCCAGGAAACCAGCCGGCGAUUAUCUUCGAAAGUCGUCCAUACAUCUUCUACAGCUGGCAAAGCUCGAUUUGGAUCGAUGCCGGCCUCAUUGACCAGCUUCCUGCCUGCGAUAUUUCCUUUCACGUCGAGCGUCCCUCUGUCAAGCAAACCAUUACCGCAAACUUCAAAUAUCAGCCUUCGGUUGAAACUCCGGCGAGGUUUCAAGGAGUGCCCUCGCUCCCAUGCAAUCAGGUGGACCCUCGAAUCGUAAAAGAAGGAACUCAGGAUGAUCGGGAGCUCAAACAGCUUGUUCAAACCUACAUCCACUCGCACCGCUUUGCUGUGGCCGCUCUCGCACCCGCUCUGGCACGAGCUCAACCUUUGCCAUCUCCGAGUCUCGACAACAACCAGACCACUUCGUCGAGCUUCGUCGCACCGUCGGCCAAAGUUGCAUCUAACACUUUCCAGACCCUCCUCGCCGGGAGCAAUGCGGCUUCUGUAUCUCCGCCUUCGGAUCAGUCCGCGUCUGUCGUCGCUGAUUCUCUCUUCAGCACGCAGACAAGCCCGUCUGGUAACCGCUCUCCGCCCCUGAUCUCGCGCGCCUGGUAUGCGCUCACCAAUGCAGCGUCCUGCAUCGCUCCAGGCAACACAUCGUCAGCCGCCACCUCCGCGCCUUCCAUUCCGGCAGAAAUGACUGAGCACGACCGAGACCCUCUCAAGGGACACAAUCAUACAUCGAACGUCCAGUCCUGCAAUUUGCACGCGAAACAUUCCGCUCAGGGCUCAGGAGAAGAAGAUGAAUCAGCCGGCGACGGAGGUGCUCAGCUCGCAGCCCAAAUCAACGAGCUUGUGAACGAGAUCUGUAACACAAUCAGCGACGCUGACGACAAUGAAGGUUCUUCUCCAUGGCGAGACGUCCCUCGAGUAGACAAAAGCACGCAAUCGGAAGAACGCUCGCAGGUACUCGGUGUGAGUCACGACAACGGCUCAAAGGCAUCGGAAGGCGAGUCUGCUCGAGGCUCUGAAUCUCUUGUAGUGUCUGGCGGGCCGAACGCACCAUCGAUCUUGGCCGAUAACAGUGACUCUCUUGACAAUGUUGCUCAGUCAGCCCCAAGCGACAACAUUCCGCCUUCCGCAUACCAUGGCUCUGCAGACGAUAUCGAGAUGGGAGAUGCCACUAGAGACACGCCGCAAGGCGCCGAGGCAGUGUUUGGCUCCAACACCAGUGGGACAAGCAAUUCGACUGCCAGCGCGAUGGAUAUGCAGGGCAUUCCUACCAUCCACUCCAACGCUACAGUCGUCUCAACGUCGCAUGCCGCACCUGCUGCGGAAUCUCAACCCGCGACCGCUGAAGCUACUGCUGAUGACGACGUACCAUUUGUCUCGAGCUCUGAGGCGAUCCCAGUAGACCAAGUUGGGGCUAUUCUUUCUUCAGCUGACUCCGACGCACCGUUGGCUCAGCUCCGUACUGCAUCCGCUCAAGGUUCUGUAAACGGUUCCAUGGUACUUGCUCCACCUGCGCGCUCGCGCUUCGGCUCUAUAAGCCGGGCGAGCGGAUCGAUGCUCACGAGACGCGCAGGAAGUCGCUCUAUCGGCUCUCCUGCUCCAUCCACACGAUCUAGACGUUCCGAAUUUGUGCCGGGAACCCAGCGAUACAACCAGGCUCUGGAGUAUCUGAUGGACAUGGUCAGCAACGACAAGCUCAAAGACGAUCAGAGAUGCCUUUCUCUCGCCGAGCAGCGAGCGAAGGACACGGAAAUCUACGAACGCGCCAGGCAUCAGUACGAGGAAGAGAUCACCGCAAACAACCUGCAGAUGCAGACGGCUCGAGCUGCGGUAGAGCUUAAGAGGGACACGAUCCGAUUGCUGCGCGGUCAAUACAGGAGUGAGAUUGGAGACGCUCGAUUCCGUGCAAAGAUCGGCGAAGCGACUCGUAUCGGUAACGAGCGACGUGGACGAAGCAGGAGCCGCAGUGCGAGCGCGAGCGUCGCUGGUCGUCAAAUGACUGCCCCUCCCUCAAUCGUCCCUGCCUCACGCAUCAAGAGGGAACGAAUUGACCUAACCGUAGAUGGCGAAGCAGACGUUAGCGCGGGAGACGCCAACACGCGUGCUCACUCGCUGGCGCGAUCUUCGCAAGGCUCACGUUCGCAAGCCACUGCACUCAAGCUUGGCGACAUCAGCGACCUUAUGCGACCUCCCUCAGUCGUACCGAAGCGUUCUGCCAGUAUGUUUGGGGGUUAUGCCGGAUCUUCAGCAGGCACCGCAACUUCGGCACGUCCUCGUUCGGCUCCUGGAAACGUCGCCGGCCAGAUCAACGGAUGGAUCAAGGCAGCGCAGCGUUCCCGUGCAGCCAGUCGAGCACCCACUCCAGCGCCUGACUCAAUGCAAUCUAAUCGCGUACCUUUCGCCAGCCGAGGCAACGCAAUGACACCCAUCGAGGUCUUCGACGAUGACGCCCCUUCAACUCGCGCUGGCGGCAACUCACAGCGUCGCCAACUCACUUCGCGUGCUCCGUCCAUCGCGAGUCAGAGGAGCCAUCACAGCAAACGUUCUUCCGGCAGACAAAUCCGGGCUGGUAGCGUUGCUGCUGCAGCCAUCCCGGUCGGGGAGGAUGACGACCAGACGGUGGUGUCUGAUGGUGACAGCGGAGAGGAGAACGAGGAGCCGCUCUUCUUGGGCGAGCGUCAGCAACGUCACGCUUCGGUGGCUACUUCUCGCUUCUCCGAAUUGCUCGGUCCUUAG